AUGGCAGGCUCAGGUUCUUUCGGCGGUAGCAAUGCGUCUUCGUCGAGGAGGAGGAUGAGACUAUCGCGCCGGCCGAUCCCCAAGCGAGGGCAAGUGAAGGUGGCGAUAGUGACGGGCCUCGCUCACUCCAUCGCUUCCAUUUUCUCCUUCCGCCGCCGGGCAGGAGCCGGAGUCGGAGUCUUCGUCGAUUCUCCGUUGUAA